CCGGCAAGGUUCUGGAUGAUUGGAGGCGGUGGAUUGCUAAAAGAGUGAAAGAAGCAUGGAAGGGGCGGACUUGGGAAGGAAGCUGUAACCAGAGACUCCAAGAUGAACUUGUACGGGCUCGAUCCGGGCAUGUACGAUUUCGGAUUCGCCGAUCCGACGAUCGUCGGGUCUCUAUACCGUCCUUUCCCUUAUUUAGCACCAAGAGGAGCCGCCGCCGCCGCCGCAGCCGACGGCGAUGAUGGACGGCCGCCGGUAUUGCCGAAGAAAGCCACCGCUCCUCCCAGGCACCGCCACGACGGAACUUCCCCGCUGCCUUUUGGCAUGGACUGGAGCCCUCCUCCCCAACAUUGGGACGGACGAGACUCCAUAUGGCCACAUGAUCCUCACUCGGGAUGGAGUUAUUGUGUGACAAUUCCUUCGUGGGUCAUCCUCCCUGAAUCAAGUGGAUCAGAUCCUGUGGUGUUUUACAGGGUUCAAAUUGGUAUACAAUCACCAGAAGGGAUCACCACUACUCGGGGAUUACUGCGUAGAUUUAGUGAAUUCUUGAAGCUAUUUUCUGAGCUCAGAGUGGCAUUUCCCAAGAAAAAAUUGCCCCCAGCUCCUCCAAAGAAACUUUUGAAAAAUAAAAGCAGGGCACUGUUAGAAGAGAGAAGACAUUCCUUAGAGGAUUGGAUGGGACAAUUACUAUCAGAUAUUGAUUUGUCAAGAAGUGCUCCAGUGGCAAUUUUCCUUGAGCUAGAAGCUGCCGCAAGGUCAUCCUUUUACGAAUCAAAUCAAGAAGCCUUAGAUGCGAAUUCUGCUGGUCUGGUUUGGCCUUAUCAAUUGCAGUCCAACUCAGAUGUUUCUUUGUGUGCUCAUACUUCAUCCAUAACAUCAGAUUAUGACAAUGAGUCAGCUUAUAAAACAUCUGAGCUCGGAAAAACGAUCCAUGGAAGGGAUAUCCAUCCUGAACUUAAUGAGGGAAAUAGAACAUCUGACCAAGGACAGUUUUCUUGGCAUACAAAGGAUUCAAACAAUGAAAACAGUGCCCUGGAUAGCAAGGAGGCCACUUAUGGCACUUCCAAAUCUUCCUUUCCUCGUGAGGAUGAAAUUGAGCCUUCAUCAAAACCAGAGAACUGCAAAUUGGGUAGCCAUCAUCAGCAAUUGUCAACAGAAAGUGUUGGAAGUGAUGUGAACUCUGUUAGAGGUAGUGAAAAUUCAUAUCUUGGGGUGGCAAAUUUUGUUGGUGAUAAUUCCCUUGACCUUCCUGAAGGGCUUGAAAUUCCUGGAGCCAUGGAUAUUCUUAUGGAUUCUGAUUUGCAAUCGGCUAGGGACUUAUCUAUUGCUCUACCAUCAGAUGAACAUAAUAAAUUGAAUAGAGUUCUUAACACCCUGCAGCGAAGACUGGCUACAGCAAAAACAGACAUGGAAGAUCUUGUAGCAAGGCUAAAUCAAGAGCUUACUGUGAGACAGUAUCUUACAACAAAGGUCAAAUACUUGGAAGUGGACCUCGAAACUACUAACCAGAGUAGCAAAGAAAACCUGCAGCAAGCUGUUCUAAUUGAAAGGGAAAGGUUUACUCAAACACAGUGGGAUGUGGAAGAAAUGCAGAGGAAGUGUAUAGAAAUGGAGUUGAAGCUGAAAUGUGAACAGGAUGAGAAGUUGCAACUGGAGUCAACAAAAGUAUCAAUUGUUCAGGAGAAUGAAAUGUUGCAGAAAGAGUUGGAUAGUGCCAGGGAACAGAUUAAGACCUUGCAGAAACAUCAUGAAGACUUGGAGUUGAAAUCAAAAGCAGAUGUUAAGCUCCUAGUGAAAGAGGUUAAAUCACUCAGGAGUUCUCAAUCAGAGUUGAAGCAGGAACUUAGCAGAUUAAUGAAAGAAAAAGCAAAAAUUGAGAGUGUUCUACAAAAGGAGAAGGAAAAAUGGGAACAUUCCAAUGCUGCUAAUGAGAAAUUGCUGCAUGAAUGUGAAAUCCUUCGCAGUCGGCUUGAAGAAUGCAGUGUUAAUUUCCUCAUUGAGGAAGAAAAUAAACUGAUAGUGGAUGCUUCUUCACCAUCUGAUGCUAUGGAUCUACUGUCUACUUCUGAUAAUAGGAUUGGUUUUCUUCUGGCUGAGGCACAACUCCUUGCGCAAGAUCUUGAAAAUACUGCUGCAGCUGCAACUCACAAUGGCAAUGACGGCAACAUGGGGAAGAUGGAUGAACUGAGGAAGAUGCUGACAGACAUUUUCAUCGACAAUGCCAGAUUGAGGAAGCAGGUUAAUUCUGUUAUCCGCCAGGCAUUGAGCAUGCCAGAGGGGCCCGAGACAGACGACGAGGAGAAAGAAGUCGCUUUACGGGAAACUGUUCUUAGCAAGUUCUUUGAAAAAUGAUGUAUAUAUGUGUUGUAUAGGAUGAUCUUUGGUUGAUUAUUUGUAGGGAAUGCUGCAAAUGUGUUUGCAGUUGGCUAAGCACACAAAGAGCGAGAACUAAGUAUGCAUACUGACGAAGUAUGUGGAGUUCAUGAAUAUUGUGAUUACUGGUUGUUGUUAAUUUAGCUUUAAGGCUACAACAGUUGUACUUGCUUGCAACGAGGAAUUGAAGUGGAACGGAAUGAAAGAGUGGAAUGCUGCCAAAAACAUUGGAUUGGUUUAACCAUAAUAGUAGUAAUAAUAAUAUGUCAGGUUCUAUUUA